UGCUGUCAAUGCUGUAUGUGUGGUUUGGAAGUGAUUGGUUUUAAAUUUGUGAAAUUGUGAAAAUGUUUGUAAGGAGUGGUAUAGCAUAUUUUGCUUUAAUUGUGACAUUUACUAUAGUUUAUGCACAUUCACAUUCGCAUAGUGACGAAUCUCCAGCUUUUAAGUACUCCAAACAUGCCAACGAACAGAAAGAACAUGAUGAUAAAAUUUAUGAACCAGAUUACAACUUAUACGUCAGUGCUUUGUGUUCUACAUUGUUUAUAAGUAUAGUGCCAUUCUUUAUACUUUUCUUUAUACCCAUAGAUGGUACAAUUGAAAAGCAGCCCUUACUUAAAAUACUCCUAGCUUUCGCGUCUGGUGGACUCCUCGGCGAUGCGUUCCUGCAUUUAAUACCUCAUGCACUCAUGCCUCACAACGACAAACAAGGGCAUAGUCACAGUCAUUCCCAUUCUCACGGAACCCAAGAACAUAGUCCACAUGACAUAACAGUCGGUCUUGGAGUACUUGGUGGAAUUAUUACAUUUUUAGUUGUGGAAAAAACUGUCAGACUUUUUAGUGGGGGUCAUGGACAUUCUCAUGGAGACAAAAAGAAGACUGAUGAUAAAUUGAAAAAGAAAACAAAGGAUAAUAAAAAUAAACAAGAAGACAUCAAGAUUGCUGGAUAUUUAAAUUUAGCUGCUGAUUUUACACAUAACUUUACUGAUGGACUUGCAAUUGGAGCUUCUUUUAUUGCAGGCCAAAGUAUCGGAUAUAUAACCACAGUUACCAUUCUUCUACAUGAGAUUCCACAUGAAAUUGGUGACUUUGCCAUUUUGGUCCAAUCUGGCUGUUCAAGAAAGAAAGCUAUGCUAUUACAAUUGCUUACUGCUUUUGGAGCAAUUUCAGGGACCUUUAUUUCAAUUUACUUAAGAGGUUCAGGGGAAGGCCUUGUCUCAUCUCUGAUAUUACCUUUCACAGCAGGAGGAUUUAUUUAUAUUGCUACAGUAUCAGUAAUCCCUGAGUUAUUGGAAGGCUCAAACAAUAAAUUUUCCCAAUCCAUUAAAGAAAUAAUUGCACUCUUAGCUGGAGUGUACAUGAUGGUACUUAUAGCACAAUAUGAAUAAAUUUAUAGAAUUUUUAGAUAAAAUGUAAUUUUUUAUUCCAAUAAAAUAACAUCACAAAAA